AUGGGCAACUUUCUGAGCACCAACUCCUGUUGCUGUGGACGACGACGACGGCGCAUGAUAUCAUCGAUAGAUGCUGGACCCAUAAAGCAUGUACGCAUCGACGAUAGUGCUAGUCUGGCCUUUGAGCGUGAGGGGGCUGUCUUUGCUACAGGUGCAGAGCGGAGCGACAGGAAUGUCUUUGCGUAUAGUGUUCAGGCCACCUCUGAUGUCGAAGGCAUAGAUACGCCAGUAUGUCCCCAAUUCCUACACCUUUCACAUACUGCCUCACUUCAAGGCAUGCCACUGUCAUCUGAUGUUGGACCAGAGUUCCAUCAUCUAUCCCUCACGAUAUUGGAUCUCCCGAACGAGCUCCUUAUCAACAUCGUGGGCCUCCUGCCAACAGAAGAUCUCUUCAGCAUCAUCAUCCUUUCUCGCCGUCUCCACUGCUUGGCAAUUACAUUGCUACUGUCUCGAUACGAUCUUCAUUCUCCUGAAAAAGGAGGCUCGUUAUACGUUUCAAAGCAUAAGGCGAUCCUCGCACUCAAUCUCUGGCGAAGGUGGAUGAUACGAAGGCUUGCCGACUACUCUCUCGAUUCUUCACCUCUUUGCAGGGCAUGA